AUGUCCUUUGACUCGACUGCCACUGGCUCGAGCGCCUUCACUGGCGCGCCCCGCCGCCACACCAUCAAGCGCAAACCGGCACCGAAAUAUCUCGAGUCGCCGCGAAACCAUUCGCCACUCACCCUGGACAUCCCUCUGGCUAGUACCUCAAACCCUCUGGCUCAAGUCGAUGUGCAGCAGAACCGCGAUCUUGCACUCGCGCACUUGGAGGGAUACAGGAUGGACGGUCCUUCCUUCCGAACUUCGGCAGCUGUGGCGUCGCCUGCUGUUUCGCCCACCACGCUAGUUGCCACCCCGGAGUCGCAUGGAAUUGCAUUCCCUCCGCCGGCUUUUCUCGCUCGCAGCGACUCGCGCAGCCCGCAGGAUCGCGAACCGUUGAGUGGCGCGUGGAACACGCGCCGCCCUAGCAGCAUCAGUCAAUCCAGCGGCCAGAUGUCUCGGGAUGUCUCCCGGCGCCCAAGCCGAUCGCAUCGCUUACCCCACAGGCCAUCCGUGGUGGAUCUCUUCCAACCGCCCGCUCCCUCUAAAAGCGCUCAUGUCCGUUCGGACCCCGACUAUGUCGCCAGCCCAGUCACUGCUGAGUUCCAAUCCGAGGAUCUUCGCACGCUCAAUGCCUCAUUCGAGCAAGCGCAUAACCUGUCGCGCUUCGAAAGCCGCACGUCGACGUUCGUGUCCGCUACUACGGGAUCCACAUCAAUGUUCGACGGAGCGUCUGCUGCUUUCAAGCCUGAAGAUGUGACAACGAUGCCGCAGAUGACUCACAGGCCGACGCAGGGCACUAUGGGGAGUUCUUCGGGGACGUGGCGUCCUCCUGCCUUCCUCAUGCGCAUCUUGAACGAAUGGGGCCGAAUGGCGCAGAGAGGCGAAGUCACGAUCGAGGACGAGUACAAGUCCGUGCAUAAGCGUGCUUUGGAUGCUGAGAGGGAGAUGGCACCGCCUGUGGACGUGUCUCUGCCCUAUCUCCAGGAACACGCAGGGGUCGGCCCCGUUGUUCCCGGGGAACUCAUCACUCCUGUUGCGUCUGAGCGCGAGGCUCUGUGGCAAAUCGACGAGGAGAGGGGUGUCAUGCGCAUGCAUAUUCAUCCGCGCAAACUCAAAUCUACACAAAAACAUGACUGGAAAGAUGAGAUGGAAGGCUGCUUCUCGGCGCUUAACGCGCUCAAAGGCUGUUUCGCAGCACGCAGGCAUUAG